AUGCCUCUUGCUCCACUUGGUGAUCCAUGGAAUUCAUGUACAACAGUCCUAGCUAAAUCUAUUGCUACAACAAGAGAAAAUAACUAUCAAAAGGUAAAGGGUAACAAUAAUAUAAAUUCUGGAAUCAAUGUAAAUGAUCAAACAAAGAAUGGAAAUUGUUUUACAACAUUAAAAAAUAAAGAAAUUAAAAAAGUUCAAACAUGGGGUGAAAGGGUAGAAAAAAAUAACAAUGAUAAUAUUUUUGCUUUACAAUCCAAUACAACUAAAUUGAUAGAUGUUCCGGAAAAAAUUCGUGAAGGUGUCCAGACAGGUUCAUUAAUUACAGCAACAUCAUUAAGUGAUUUUGAGAUAUCACAAGAAAAUGAAAGUGUUAGUUCUAAUGAUUUUUUAGAUAAAUCUAAGGACUUAGAUACCUCAACACAUACUACAAAUACUAUUACUAAAAAUGAUCCUGAUACAACAAGUAAUUCAUGUUUUGAUUAUGAAGAUACUCAUGUACAGGAAGAAGUUGAGAAUGUCAAUGAAACAGAAAUUAAUAUAAGUGAUGUCAGGAAACAGGGAGAAAAAGCUACAGCAUCACAUUUUGAAUUACUUAAAGUUUUAGGUCAAGGAUCAUUUGGUAAAGUUUUUUUGGUGAGAAAAAUCAAAGGUAAAAAUACUGGAAAGUUAUAUGCUAUGAAAGUUUUAAAAAAAGCAACAUUAAAAGUACGUGAUAGAGUUAGAACAAAAAUGGAAAGAGAUAUAUUAGCUCAAAUAAAUCAUCCAUUUAUUGUAAAAUUACAUUAUGCAUUUCAAACAGAGGGAAAAUUAUAUUUAAUUCUUGAUUUUCUUCGUGGUGGUGAUUUAUUUACAAGAUUGUCAAAAGAAUUUAUGUUCACUGAGGAGGAUGUAAAAUUUUAUUUAGCUGAAUUGGUAUUAGCACUUGAACAUCUUCAUAGUCUUGAUAGUGAUGGACAUAUAAAUGUAACAGAUUUUGGUUUAUGUAAAGAAUCAAUUUAUGAAGAUUCAAAGGCUUAUUCAUUUUGUGGGACUGUUGAGUAUAUGUCACCAGAGGUUGUUAAACGUGCUGGGCAUACAACUGUUGCUGAUUGGUGGUCAUUAGGUGUUUUAAUGUAUGAAAUGUUAACAGGACACCUACCAUUUCAAGGUGAAGGUAGAAUGGAAACAAUGUCUCAAAUAUUAGAAGCUAGACUUACGAUGCCUCCAUUAUUAUCACCAGAAGCACAAGAUUUAUUAAAAUGUCUUUUUAAAAGAAACCCCAAAAAUCGUCUUGGUGCUGGUCCUAAUGGUGUAAAUAACAUCAAAUCUCAUAUCUUUUUUGCAACAAUUGAUUGGGAUAAAUUAUUAAAAAAAGAAAUAGAUCCUCCAUUCAAACCAGCUGUCGUUGGUAUGGAUGAAACAAUAUAUUUUGAUAGUGAAUUUACCAAAAAAACUCCAAGAGAUUCACCAGUACAUCCACCAUCAGCUGCUGCUCAUGAAUUGUUUCGUGGAUUUAGUUUUGUUUCACCAUCAAUUCUUGAUAGUAACAAUAUAAAAUCAUCUAAUACUAGUAGUCCAAAUGAUACUUACAAACAAGUUAUUAGUAAUAAUGUUAAUGAAUCAUUAAAAGGAUGUCUUGAAAAUUUAUCUGGUAUGAAAGUAUGUGAGAAAUUAGAACAAAAAAGUUUCUUUGAUGAGUAUGAUGUUAAAGAAGAAAUUGGUGUUGGAUCUUAUUCAAUUGUUAAAAAAUGUGUACAUAAAACUACAGAAGUUGAGUAUGCUGUUAAGAUGAUUAAAAAAGGAAAAAUUGAUGUUUCUGAGGAGAUUGAUAUACUUCAUAGAUAUAGUAAUGGUAAAUAUAUAGGAAAAUUAUAUGGUGUUUAUGAGGAUGAUUUAUGUUUUUAUCUUGUUCUUGAAUAUUGUAGAGGUGGAGAAUUAUUAGAUAGAAUAUUAUCAAAAAAAGGUUUAUCAGAACGUGAAGCUGCUUCAAUUAUAUAUCGUCUAUCAAAAGCACUUGAUUAUCUUCAUAGUAAUCAAGUUGCUCAUAGAGAUUUAAAACCAUCAAAUAUUCUUUAUGCAUCAGAGAACAUGAAUCCAGAAUCAAUUAGAAUUAUUGACUUUGGUUUUGCUAAACAAUUAAGAGCUGAUAAUGGAUUAUUAAUGACACCUUGUUAUACAGCUCAAUUUGUUGCACCAGAAGUAUUAAAAAAGCAAGGAUAUGAUAUGUCAUGUGAUGUAUGGUCUUUAGGUGUUUUAAUGUAUUCAAUUUUAAGUGGUGAAGCACCAUUUGCAAUGAAUCCAAAUGAUCAACCUGAAACAAUACUAGAUAAAGUUGGUGAAGGUGUUUUUAAUAUGUCUGGUGGAAAUUGGAAAAAUGUUACAGAAAUAGCUAAAGAUCUUAUAAAACGUAUGCUUCAUGUUGAUCCAUCAAAAAGAAUAACAGCAAAACAAAUUUUACUUCAUCCUUGGAUUUCAAAAAGAAAUAUUCUUCCACACAUUAAACUUACUUAUACAAUUGUUCCAGAAAAAGUUAAGGAAGCAAUAAAUAUAAUGUUUAAAGCAAUUGAAAAUCCAAAUAAAACAGUUCCCUUACGUCCCGUAAUAUCAUCUGCUCUUGCCAAAAGGAGACAAAUAAAAUUUUAA